AGACCAGACGGAGACGAAUGCAAUACGUACGCAGGUACGCAGUGCGAUUGAUGUGUCCGUGUUAGAAGGUUGUGUACGGCACCGUACGCUGCAAAAAUAAGAUUAAAAAAAUAUUGUGCCUUUAUUUUGUUUCUUAUGAAGUGAAAAAUAAUUGUUUUAAAAACAGUGUUAGAUUAAACGCGCGUUAAAUAAGUCGGCAAUUGUUUUUUGUGCAAAAAUGCAAUACUGUCUAAUAUUACACACAAAACUAACCUCGUGCGUUCUGUAGUAACUACCAUCGAUUGAAUUGAUGAACAUUUAUUUAUCAACAUACAACAAAUAUGGAGAUAGAACCUAAAGAAAACACUGAUUUAUUGGGUAUAAACAAGAAUAAUGUUUUAAAUAUUGGGACAGACACGAGUCCGAAACGGCAUGAGGAUUUACAAGGCCCUCCUGAUGGUGGUUUCAGAGCCUAUUUGAUUGUGCUUGGAUCAUUUUUGACCAAUGGACUAUUAUUCGGAGUUAUAAAUUCUUAUAGUGUAAUUUAUACUGUACUUCAAAAUCGACUUGAAAACGAAAAUGUGCCAAAUUCGGAGAGUAAAGCAUCUUUGGUGGGCGCGCUCACAAUGGGUACGACAUUUUUCCUGUCUCCGCUGUCAGGUCUUCUAACUGCGUUUCUUGGUUUGCGGGCGACUGCACUCCUAGGCGGCAGCAUCGCUACAGCAGGAUUACUUUUAUCAUCAUUCGUUGUGAACGAAGUCAAUGCGCUCUACUUCACGUAUGGCUUGAUGUACGGUUUAGGUGCAUCACUAGCAUACACGCCAUCCCUAGCUAUCCUCGGUCACUAUUUCAAGAAAUACUUAGGACUCGUUAAUGGGAUAGUGACGAUAGGAAGCUCGGUGUUUACAGUAAUAAUGCCUUCAUUAUUGGAAUAUAUCAUAAAGUACCACGGCUUAGAAUGGAUGUUCAGAGUUCUAGCCUUCUUCACAGUUGGCAUUAUGCUUUGCAGUUUACUAUUCAAACCAACUCCAUUAAUGAUAAUACAAACACCUUCUCACAAACAUGAAAGUGUCAAAUCUUUAUUAAAAACUAUAGUAACCGUGCAAAUUUGGAAGAAUAGUAAAUACAGACUAUGGGCUCUAUCGAUGCCAGUAGCGUUGUUUGGUUAUUUCGUGCCGUACGUUCACAUAAAGAAAUUCAUAGAAGAGACAUUUACAGAUGUCAAUGAUAAUCUUCCUUUGCAAUGUUUGGCGAUUACAUCAGGGCUAGGUCGCUUGACUUUUGGAUUUUUGGCGGAUAAGCGCGGAAUCAAUAGAAUUUUACUGCAGCAGAUCUCAUUUUAUGUGAUCGGAGCACUUACAAUUAUUUUACCGUUCGUGAAAUCAUUUACUCUAUUAGUAGUUAUUUCGUUAGGUAUGGGCUUGUUUGACGGUGCGUUCAUUGCAUUGAUAGGUCCGAUAGCAUUUGAACUGUGUGGCGCAACACAUGCAGCUCAAGCGAUCGGUUGUAUGCUAGGCUUGGCUGCGCCGCCUUUGUCUGUGGGACCUCCCAUUGCGGGCUACAUUCGAAGUAUAACGAAGUCUUAUAAAAUUCCAUUCGUCCUAGCCGGAAUUUCGCCUUUAGUCGGCGCUACCGUGAUGUUCAGCGUUCAUUACCAACGACGUAAUUCAAGCCGACCUGAAUCUAAUGCAAACGGACAUACAUACUCACCUCCUAUAGAUACUGAAACACUACCCACAUCAAUCUCGAGCUCAAAUGGCAAGAUAAAUCACCAAACGGCCUUAUAACAUUUAAUUUCUAAUACAAAAUUUUGAACAGUUUAAAUUUGACAUGAAAUGGAAGACUUUAAAAUGUGUUUGAUAGUGGAUUGGAUGCAAGGCUUUUAUUAUAUCGUAAGCGAAGAGAGAUACUGCCUAUAUUACUGCAUUUUGUUUGUAUUUUCCUUUUUGACAAUGUUUGUUUAAAACAGUUACCUAUGCAAGUUCCUAAUUUAGGUUUAUUUAAAUGUUAUUUAUAAAUAUUAAUUAUUUAUUAUGUAUUAAUUACUACUGCAAUCAUUCGAAUCUCAAAUUAUAAUAUUUAUAUUUUGUAUAACUACAUUUAUUUAUGUAUGUGUUAGGUUAGAUUAUAAAAAUAUUUAAUUCCAACAAUUGAUUACGUUUUGAUCCAUCGCAUCUGUAGAUUUCUGAAGUCGGAUAUAUAGUCUUAACGCUAUUUUAAAUAUGCAAAAUUUUGUAAACAAAAAGAACAAGGCAACAACAAACAAAUUACUAUAUGAACGAAACAGUUAAAUAUAGUAACUUUUAUAUUCAAAUUUUACUCAAUCAAUUUUUAUUGCAUUCUUUUUUCUUCUUUUACUAUUUCGCGUUUUUGGACUCUUCUGACAGCGCCUUAAUUUUUACCAUGCUUGUUUUUACAACACUUUGUGUUUACAAAAUUUUAUACUGUUCCUAUUCUGAAGUAUUUUAAUUUUUCUCUAUCAUUAUUACACCCAUUCCCACGUUAGACAAGUCAUUUGGUAUAAAAAUUCAAAGAAAAUAUGGCUGUGUGUAAUAGAUUUUAAUUGAAAUUGUAAUCGAUUAAUAUAUCUCUUAAAAGUAAUUCUCUUUAAUGACUGGAUUUACUUUGUCUCAAGGUGACCUAGAUAAACAUGUUUACACUAAAACUAUUUUAUCUUAUCUCUGUUUGUUAUUAUAAUAACUUCCGUAUAGAAUAGAAUAUAGAUAUGAAUAAAUCACUCAUGGCCGAAUGCUGGUCAAAGCAUAUCUGCUAUAUUAAUGUUUAAUCUAUGUCAAUACAACCCAAAUCAAAGCACAAAUACGUCGUUUUGUGUUUAAAAAGUUAUCAAAUAUAUGUUUUUUUCCACUUUUGAGCAACGCAAUAUAAGUAGCGAUUGCGAUUCGCUUUGCUUUUCAUAAUCUCAUAUUAUUGUUAUUAUUAAAGAGAGGUUUGUUUGCGUAAAUAUACUAUUAAAAUUUGCCACUGGUUUAAGAAAACUAUAGCGUAUUAAAUACUUUCCUUGGCCGAUUAUUUGACAAAGUAAGAGAUAAUGUCUUGUUGGAAAUUGAAAAAGCGUACAAUGCUACUAAGUACAAAGAAACAAAUUAUUUUGUAAAUUUUCAUUCGGAAUGUUCGUUGAAAUAAUUUACAAUGAGGGCUAAUGUAACAUAACAUGGGCGUCGACAAUAAGGGGCAAGAGGGAUCAGCUAUUCCCCCUUACCCGAAUACAAAAAUUUUAAAACAAAAAUGCUUUCUAAUUGUUUACAUUAUUAAUAAAUUUCUUGACAGUUUUUUAUUAACAAAUUGGAGCAAAUGUUGAUAACAUGACAUGAUACGUUCCAUUUGAAAUAAAAAAUGAAUUUUUAGUAGUAGCCCCCCUAGAUCUAGCUAGAACACUGGCUAUCAACAGCAUCGUAACGUAACAUAACGUUUCUAAUUCACAGGCCUUAUCUUACCUCAAUUGUGACCCAAUAGUAUAAAAACAUGUAUAAAAAAUAACUUUCUACUUUGUUUACACUUUCUUAACCUACUGUAGUUAAUGAUAUUGCAAUAAUAAAUAUUGUGCAGUAUUUUUCCUUUAUCAUACAGUUACUGUACUGAAAUGCUUUUGGAUUUCUUUGUUGCCUCUUGUGGCAUGCAAGAUAAAAUCCAUUUGUCAAUAUAAUUAUCCUAUCGCAACUAAAGGCUUGCUUUAAGAAAUCGGCACCAAUAAUGGUCAGCGUUACAUAAAAUGGUCCGUGUAUGUUAUCCCUC